AUGACACAGCCUGCAAAAAAAGUUGCUCCAGCACCAUUAUCUACUAAACCUACUUCAAAGGUUUCUUCAAAGAAUCCUCUUAUCGAUGCGACUCCUAGAAACUUUGGUAUUGGCCAAAGUAUUCAACCAAAGAGGAACUUGGCUAGAUUCGUAAAAUGGCCCGAGUAUGUAAGGUUGCAGAGACAAAGAAAGAUUUUAGCGUUGCGGUUGAAGGUUCCUCCAGCAAUUUCUCAAUUUCUGAGUACUUUAGACAAGAAUACAGCUACUCAAGUAUUCAAACUCUUCAAUAAGUACAGACCUGAGACUAGUGUUGAAAAAAAGGAAAGAUUGACUAAAGAGGCUACAGCAGUAGCGGAAGGAAAAAAAGCCAAAGAAGUUUCCUCUAAGCCAAUCGUCGUGAAAUAUGGUUUAAACCAUGUUGUUUCUCUUAUAGAGAAUAAGAAGGCAAAAUUGGUUUUAAUUGCAAACGAUGUUGACCCAAUUGAGCUUGUAGUCUUCUUGCCAGCUUUGUGCAGAAAGAUGGGUGUUCCAUACGCCAUUGUGAAAGGUAAGGCUAGAUUAGGAACCUUAGUUCACAAGAAGACAUCUUCUGUCGCUGCAUUGACUGAAGUCAGUGACUCAGAUGAAACCGAGUUAUCUAAAUUGGUUACAACUAUCAAUGCUAACUUCAUUGAAAAGUAUGAUGACUCCAGAAGACACUGGGGUGGUGGUAUCAUGGGAUCUAAGGCGAACGACAAGAAAUCAAAGAUUACCAAGGCUUUGAGUUCUACCAUCGAAGCUAAGUAA